AUGAAUAAGUAUACUCUAUAAUUUAAAGAUGAGACAAUAGAUAAAAAAUAUCGAUAAUAAUCUGCAGAUAGUGUUUAAAUACCUACUUUUAAUUUUUGUGCAUAUUCAUCAAUUCUAUAUUUUAUGGUUUCGUUGACAAUUUAAAUAAUUGAUUAGGAUGUUACUAAAAUUAUUGUAAGAGCAAUUGAAAUUUUUUUGCUUAUUGUUAUUUUGAUAAUGGUCAAAAGAAAUAGAGACAAAGUAAAUAUUGGACUCUUUUUUGUGAAUUUGUUGAUAGCCUUAUUUGAGUUUGAGUAAGAUGAUGCAUAUGAUCGAUUCAAUUAUUACCUUUAUGGAUCCAACGCAAUGCUUGUGCAUACUAUUAUCAUUUUUUCUCAAACUUUUAAUUAUGCCGUAGCGUCCAACUUUUCUAUGCUAGUAAUCAGAUUAUCGGUCACUGGACUAAAUACAAAAAUCAUCUACAUUCAGUUAAUUAUUGCGAUUUUGGCAACUUUUGGGUUUAACUUCAUCUUAUACUAAUCAGAGAAAUUUUAGAGGGCUUCAUUUUUGAUGACAUUAAAAGAUAAUACAUGGGAGAUUAUGCUGCCAUCUAUACUGACUAAACCAUUUCUGGUGUUCAAUUUUGACUUUGAUACAUUUUCUUAUUAACUGAAAAUGAUAAAUAAAUUGGGAUUUCCAUUUGAAGAUACAAAUGUAGUCCAUUCAUUUUUAAAGGAAGCCAAGUAUGGGAAAAGAACCUUAUAGGAACAUAUUUACUUCACAAUCAUUUCUUGUAAUCCCUAACAAUUUUAGCCUUUCGUGUAAGAACUAAAAAUAGUUUUUAAAAAGAAAUAAAUAUCAUUGUUGCUUUCAGGCUGUUACUUAGGACAACCUACUUUUAUAAUUGUUUUAUAAUCUGAGGACAAGGACCUUCGAUAGAUGUAAUAAUAAUUCAAACUAUAACACCAAAUUUACUCGAAAUAUUUUGUUAAGCACAUCAGACAAACAUGCAAUUAUUUAAAGACUAUUGUAGAACGUAAUCAAGUUCAUUUAGCAAUCAAAUUGUUAAUCUCACAUAAACAAAGCCUAUUAAUUGAACAUUACAAAUUUGAAAAUCAGAGAAACAUCUCUCCUCAUAGAAUAAUAGAAAAAUUAGUCAAUUAUUUUAGAAGUAUUAAUUAUAAGAUUAAACUCACAAACAUCAAAUUUGAUGAUAUCUUCACCAUCAAAUCUUGUUAUUUAAACUUUUUAUACGAAAUAUUUAAAAGUAUGGAUAGGAAUCAACGUUAUCAUUUAAAAUCUUUUACUUCAAAUAAUCAAUACAUCAUUUCUAUAAAAGGAUUGUAGGAAUAUCCUAAAUCUAAUCUAUUCUAGUUUUGUACAAAAUGUCUCAUAGAAUAAACGAUUCAGAUAGAUAACAGUUUUCAAUUUAUAUUUUUGGAUAUUCCAUAGAUCUCGUAUUAUCAUUCAAAUAUGAAAACAUAUGACGAUCCUUAUGAAUGA